GUCACGUCGCAUGGCACGGGUGGAGCCGAGCUCGUAUGCCUCAAGUAGCAGCAAUGAGGUGUCUCCGCGUGAGCUGGUGGCCAUCGACGAGGAGAGCGGCAAGUCGAGCUUGGUUGCCGGGGCAGAACACAUGGCUGACGGCAACGCCGAGAGUUGGGCUGACGAAUUGGACGAGAGUGUUCCGAGUCUACAGGCGUUGAUGGCCAUCGAUGCCGAGUCAGGCAGGGUGGCGCUAGUGCAGGAUCUGCUUACCUCGAGCUCGCCUGCAGAAGAGUGGCGUCGGCUGGGUCAGGCUAUGGGCGCCGAGCGGGCCCGGCGUUCUCGAUUCAGGUCACCGAGUCGGUGGCCUGGCUCUGGGGCUGGACAGCGGUCAUGCUCUUUGCACCGAUCCUGAUCAUUGCCGCGUGGCUGAUGAUCCCGACGCCUGUGCUGGAGACUGGCGCACCGUCGGAGCGAGCUGGCGCUACUGGCGAGUAUUGGCUCUUUGGCGGAGCCAUGCUCGCCAUGCUGUACGCUGUGACCGGCGCGACUGCGACCGCGAUUAUGGGCCUGGCGGUACCAGCGAUGCCCAAGGCGCUGGCGGGCGCCUGCAUUGUGCUUGCUGCGGUGGUGGCGGCCGGCUUGAGCGCGCUGGUGCGGUCGAUGAUGACCACGCCACGGUUUGAGCGAUGGAUCCACGUCUCGCCGCUGGUGGUCAUCGGCGUCGUUUCUCUCUUCCACGGGGUCUGGCUGCGUUUCAGCUGGUGGCCGCGCCGGGGCAAGGCUGCGUUUGUAGCAGCACGACUGCGGCCAUGCCUGCUUGUGGAGCAGUGGUUCCGAGCCGUGAUCAUUGUCGCCGCUGCCAUGAUCGGGAUGCCGAUCUGGUCGAUGACCUUUGUCUCGAUCUUCCGCGAGCUGGGCACAAGCCAGACGUGGCAGAUCGGGCUUGGUCUUGCGUACAACUUUACCUUUUAUCCGCUCUACUGGCUUCUUGUGGGGCAAGCACGGCGGGUUGACGCCUUCUCGCGCGUCUUUGCUCCGCACUUUGGCUGGUCACGGCCGCGACAGAUCCGGCCGCUGGCGGUGUGGGCGGCCACGCUCUUCCCGCUCCUCUUCUACCGGAUUCUGUUUACGACGGUGACGUCGACGACUACGUUCCUCAUCUUCCAGCUAGUCAAUACAACCCAAGAGGUAGCGCUCUAUCCGCUGCGGAUGACGUCGCUGUACCUGCGGCUGCGGCUGCGGCUGCGCGAGUUGCUGCUCUCCUGGAACCGACCCGGAGUCGUCCUGCUCCGGUUCAUCAAUCGCGGCCUCUUUGUUCCCGCCGAGGUGUACAGGCACAAGACCGGCGUCGAGUACUUUUUCGUGGCGCAGGCGCAGCGGAUGUCGCUCAUCUCGUUCGGCUGCUUCCUCUUCCUCCUUCACAACACAGGCAACUCGGCGGCGUAUCCGUACCAGCGCAACCAAGAGACCUACGACCGGCUUGUCACCUUUGUCUGGAUCAUGCUGGCCCUCGAGUGGUCAGGCUCGACUCUUGUCUGGGCCAUCAUGCGGUUCUCGUCCAUGGCCCAUGACUGUGUCCUCUCGGGCGCGCAAUGGACCCUGCGCGGCUCGUCGAUGACCACCGCCCUCCUCUACGCCGUCUUUGGCCUCCACAACGUUUACCUAUUCCUCCACUCCAAGGACGUGGCCCGUCCUUGAGUGCAACAAUACACCAUACACGCCGACCA